AUGCCCCAUACUCCGACCGUCUCUGCAGACGACCCCAAGACAAGCUCAGGGCAUGCUGCGCAGUGCGCGCACCAGCUCCUCCCAUCGUCGGCAAGGCUACGCGAGCCCAUACUGAAACCAUCACAGUCGCAGCCGUCUCAUCUUGAUUCGAGUGACGGAGCCACAGCCAGAGCCCCUGCUCUCCUGACCAUGCCAACGCACAGACAUGAGCCCAACCCAACGCCAACCCCCCUUGCUUAUCCACCCCGUCCUGUUUCUCACAUGUACAACUCUGUCCUUGAUUCAUCAGGCAUGGAGCUGGGUAUUCGCGGUCUAACCGGCUGUUGGGUUUGGAAGGGCGUAGUACGGUCAGUGUCUGUGGGCACAGUCCCCAAACCCUCGACAGGCUCGACUCGUCGCUGCUCAUCCCUUUUCCCUCCCUUCCAUCUGUUUUCUCCCUCGGAUUCGCCAGUCACCGCCAAUGGGUCGGAGAAAGCCCGUGGACGGCCCACCACUGACAUUGCGACAAACGUGAUGCAAACAAAGAGUGAGUCUUUGGGCGCCGAGGCUAAAACUCGCGGCAUCAACGGUCGCCACGCAUGA